AGACGACAAUUUAGUAGCACCGAGACACUGGCGAGCAUUGCGCUCGCAUUUUGAUACGACCUCGCUUUCUGCUGAAUCUUAGCGAAAUGCACUUGACAUCCACGCUGAUUGGGCUCCUUAUCUUCGGCCUGGGGAUCGAGCUGCCCACACCCACAGCCGCCCAGUUCUGGUCCGUGGAUCCUGUCGCGCAGUGGCGGAAAGAGGCUCUGGCCGAGAGGGGAUCCGGGAUCUGCUACAGGACUCUCACCGUGCACGCCGUCAAUCCGAACUCCAGAAGUCGUCAGCUCUCCCACUGCUGCGAUGGCUAUGUGAAUAAGGGAACCACCCAGAGCCUGAAGUGCGAGCCCAUUUGCUCGGAGGACUGCUCCAAUGGAUUGUGCCUUGCGCCCGAGGAGUGCGAGUGUGCUCCGGGAUUCUAUAGGCGCAACAAAAGGUGUAUUUUUGUCAUGGCAUAACAAAAAAAUCUCAUUUCAAAUGCAAUAUUCUCUGAUUUGAUAUUAAUAAUGGUAUAUUUUCUUAAAA